AUGGACUUCAACCAGGAGGCCCGCCUGGCCCCGGCUGGGUCCGGUCUGCUAACAGCCGCGGCAUGGCGCGCCGCCCGCCCGCGCCCGCGCCUCUCCACUCGAACCAUGACCGACCUGCAGGCCACCUUCGAGUUCUCUGUGGAACUGUACAAGUUCUACAAUGUCGAUCUCUUUCAGAGAGGACUAUACCAAGUGCGCGUGGGUUUACGCGUGUCACCCAAGGUGCCGGUUCACAUCGAGGCGACGGUAUCGAGCGGCAAUGGCGCUGCUCGGACCGGCAGGCCCGCCGCUAACGCUUCCCUCAUCGGAGGCCUCGCUGCUUCUAGAGCCUUCCAAAUUAUGUACAGAAAUGAGGAGGUCACACUGCGAGACAUUGUGCACUUCAGAGCACAUCUACUAGUUGAUAGCCGUAACCUUAAAGAGUCUCUAGAGAGGGCAGAAUGGAGCCUGGGCAUAGAGCUGUGGUGCAGCGAAGGUGCUCAAUCGAGCACUCUCUCACCAGUAUCCUGCCGCGUGUUGAAGCUACACUUUCAGCCAUCACAAGGGCUCCACUACCACCUGCCCGUGCUAUUUGACUACUUCCAUCUGUCUGCAGUCUCCGUCACCAUCCACGCCAGCUUAGUCGCUUUACAUCAGCCCUAUAUCAAGAAGAGCAUUAUGCAUUACGUACAAAGCUGUACGCCCCGCUCUAGCAAACAGUGGGGCAAAUUGAUGAAAAGUGCAGGGUCAAACUUUAACGCUUCAGGAAGCUUAGAGAACAUUCUCUUUGGGUCGAGCGGGAAAUGUGCCGGUGGAAACUCGAGCAAAAUAGCGCAUGCCAGGCAAGUACACGCAGAAGUUUGUGGAAUUCUACUUGGAUCAUUAGAAGGGUUGCAGAGCGCACUAACAGUUUGCGGAUCAACUGGAGUGUUACUUACUCCAGAAGAAUCGUCUUCUAAUUCUAUCGUUGGUGAAGUUGCACAGCGAAUAAAAGAUUUAAGUGAUCUAGGAAAGAAAUCAGAAGCAGGCGAGGAAGAAGAAUGGGCAAUGGGAGCAGCUCACGACAUAGCGAGACUAUGUGCAGAAGUAACGCUUCGGUGGCGCGCAUUUUUGCAUCACACUUCAGAUCGCCCACAUGUGCAUCAUGCUCUAGCUGCGAGACAUCAUGCUUUGCGAAUUAAGCGUUUUUCCGAAUGCUUUUUCGUGCUGGAUAAUCCAAGACAUUCACUGGCUGGUUGCUACGAUAGUAAUUAUCAGUCAUACCAAAGUGUUGGAGAAGCAGCUAGACGCUCGCGUUAUCUUGCAUUACUACCGCCUCUACCCGUACAUUGCAUCGCGCUUGAUGGUGAUCCGCACAUUAUGCCUAUCAUAUUUGAAGACAGAUAUCAAGACACAGCUGAAUUUGCGAGGAGACGUUCAUUUUUGAAUUCAAGUACAAACAAAGCCGGAAGUGAUCCAUUUUUAUGUUCAGAACCCACUGGAGAAGAUUGUGCUUGUAGUGUCGCUUCAAUGAUGGAUUCUAGAAGACCGUCGUCUGAGGCAUCGAGGGUAACUCUUACGUUGCCUAAAGCAAUGAUAGACGUUCUUGAACCUCAAUUUAGCACUCCUAAAUCGAGUGCAGGCGUAGUUCAAGCAACAUUAACUCUUGCACCACAAAAGUCUGCCCGGGGGUCUCCUAAACGCACACUAGUUAAACAAAGUGUUGUAGAAAUGAAUAAGCCUCAUAAUAAGCAAUUAGAGCUGACAGGAAGAAAUCGAUAUAUUGUCCAAAAUAAUCAGAUUAGUGAAAUUCAACUACCACCCAAUAAUGUAUUUUCAUCGUGUCCUAUUCAACAAGGUCAACAAUUGUCUAGAUACUCAGCUUCAACAUUACUGGACAUAAACGCUGCAAAGAGUACUAUAAAUAUAUCCCAAUUAGGAAAAGACAAAUGUAAUGCUGAUCAAGUACUUAACCAAAAGCAUGAAAUAACAAGCGGAGUCAGCACUUUACCGGCUAGACAUAGUAAAUCCUUAGACCAACUGAGGGUUUCCCAAGUGACGCCAUUAAGUAUCCAAACCUUGUCGAAAACUGUCAAAAAUAGUUCAAAUACCUCAGUAAAUGGUCAAAAAACAUAUACUUCCGCUCAACAACUCAAACCUACAACUCUUCCUCGGAGUGUUACUACUACAGCUUAUCCUACUAGUACUACAGCACGUGGAUCCAAAGGUGAAGAUUAUAGAAGAAAUAUAAAUGAAUUCAGAGAAAAAUAUAAAAAUCCUUGUAAUUCCAACACUCAUGGAAUGAAUAAUGAAGUAUUUCAUAAUGUAGGCUAUAAGUAUGAUGGUACAAUUAAAGGAAAUGUAAACCAAAUUUAUGGUUACGCUUUCGGUAAUCAGGGUAAUAUACCAGCGAAUAGCAUUAUUCGCAAUCCAUUAGAAUUUCAAAGAGGCUAUAGUGUAAAUUUACCCCGUCCUAUGUUGCCUCCUCGUAAUUCUUAUCCACCAGUAAGUGGUAAAAAUCAAGUGACUGAACAAAGUAACUUAGUUUCUAAUAAACAUGUUCAUAGAUCCAAUUCUACACACGUAUUUCAACAAAAUAUUGAUAAUCAGCAGAUGGAUAUCGAAGCCGCUCGUAAUCAAUUAAGACACGAAUUAAACUAUUAUCUUCAAAAAGGUGACUGGAGUUAUGAUUUUAAUACAGGAAGCUUAAUACAAAAUUAUCAAAAGAAAUCUAGUAAAAGUAGUGACGACAGUGGAUUUGUAAUGACGUUAGACAGAAGUAGUGAUGGAACAUCUAAGUCAACAUAUUCAAAAACACCUCCUUCGACGCCACAUUCUACUCUACCAUCAGUCAGGCAUAAGAAAAGCCGAUCUAAAGAAUCUAAGCUAAACACUAAUGGAAAAGAAGCCAUUAAAAUGAAUUCAAGUCGAGACUCGUUAAGUAGUCACCAUUCCAUUAAAUCUAGGGAUAGUAAGUCUGAUAGGCAUACACCGAAAUCUGAUAGAAGUACGCCGAAAUCUGGUAGAGGAACUCCAAAGUCAGGAAAAGGCACGCCAAAGUCUGGUGGAGUUACUCCAAGAUCUGGUUUGGCUACUCCUAAAUCUGGAGGAACCACUCCAAAAAGUGGAAGGUCUAGUGGUAAACCGGAAAAGCGUACAAAACAUAAAGCAUCAGAAAAAAUGACCCAGCUUAUGUCAGAAGCGGCUUCUUCUUCCAGCGACGAAAGUAUACCUUUUGAAUUAAAAAGGUUAGAAUCAUCAACAAGCGUACCAUACAGCUUAGAACAUGGUUCAGAGUUAAGACAUUGUAGAAGUGCUGCAUCUAUUAUUGAAGAACCAAAUUUGAACAGCGCCUUUGGUUCAGAAUCUUUGCCUAACUUAGCCCCACCACCUGCAUUUGAAUCUCCUCCUUUAGAUAUAGGCGAUAAAGAUUUCAAAAUCAUGCCACCUGACAACUUUCUCAAUAAAGAGGAAAAACGCAGCAGAAGUUCAACGUCAAGUUUAAGUGAACAGAGUGGAUGGGUUUCAAGUGGGCGAAGUUCGGGGCCUUCAUCUCCCGAUAAUGGCAGUUGCCAAUUAAAUCCUAAUUACUCUGCUCCUAGUACUAGUGCCGUUUCUAAAAUUCCUAGUAAAAAAUAUGACGAAAAUGUUGAAUCACGAAAAAGAGACGGCGAUAAGAUAAGCGAGUUCAAAAGAACUGCUCUUAACGGUGAACAGCUUCGAGAACGUUUACUUAAGUUAGCCGUAAAAGCUGCUCAAAGUAGCUCAACUGAAAAAAUUGAAUGUUGCGAUAAAGAAGUUUGUGAAGAAUGUACAAUUUGUAGCGAUUCUAUUUGUACGGACAGCCAGUGUGAGUAUAACAAAAUUAUGCACAAUAAUGGAAUUGACACAGGUUGUAAUUCAGAUACUUGCACGGCAAGUUGCUUCCAGCAAUAUACAGACUCAAAUGUAGGCAAAGUGAAUCAAAGGCAUAAUUCAUUUAGUGCCAUUCAAGGAAAAUCCUAUAGCUCCGUAAACAAAACUUCAAAUGAAAUUACUGUUAAAAAAUCUCAGACAGUUAGCGAUAAUUUACAUCCAUAUAUUCGUAAGGAAAUAACUCCUAAGCCACCUCAACAAUCUCUUCCAGCAAAAUCUAAUACAAUAAUUAAAACUAAAUUAAGAGAUAGGAUAGAAUAUACGGAGAAGCUAAUAGCUGCAGAAAUCCGUAGUCUAACGGUGGAUCGAUCAUGUAAAAGUCACAAAACAUCGGGCGGACCAGCUGCAUCUGCACAAAAAUACCAAGGGAAAGCGAAAUCCGAAAUAGAUUUGAGUCACUUUGGUGGUGAUAACGAUUAUGAGCAUUUGCCGCCACCUCAACAAUUUAGGGAUGCUCCACCUCCACCUGAUGAAUUUAAGGAUCCCCCUUCAAAGUCACCGCAUCUGAGCAGACAAAGUAGUAAGUCAUCUACGCCAUCCAAAAGUAGACAAUUGACGCAAUCCACUACACUUCAACUAGACAAUCCUCUUUAUCACGUUUGCGAAGGAAUAUUAGAAAGGCGAAAAUUAAGACCUCAUCAGUCCAUGAAUACUAAUUCUUCAGCAUCUGCCAGUACACUAAAUAAAAGCCAAAGUACUGGAGAAUUAGCUACCAGGAACGAAAAUGGUAAUAAAGAACAACGACACAGCAAUCUCAUAAGCAUAUUUGGUUUAGCAGAAUCAGAAAGAUUAUUUGUAAAAUGCAGGGAAGAGUUCAGACAGAGCGUCAAGUAUCCAGGAGCAAUAUAUUCUGACUUUCCUCCUGUUGAAAACUCUUUGCCCUAUUUCCAUAUAAGCGACGAAUAUAGAAUGUUCAAUCCAGAAGGAUUACACCUCAUCAUAUGCGUUCAUGGCUUAGAUGGUAACGCAGCAGAUUUGCGAUUAGUCAAAACGUACCUAGAGUUAGGUUUACCCGGAGCACGACUAGACUUCCUGAUGUCUGAAAGGAAUCAAGGAGAUACAUUUUCCGACUUCGAUACCAUGACUGAUAGGUUGGUCCAAGAAAUUAUGACGCACAUACAGAAUUCAAGCGAACCGGCUAGAAUUAGCUUUGUAGGACAUUCCUUGGGCACUAUUAUAAUUAGGUCUGCUUUAGCUAGACCUCAAAUGAAACCAUUUUUAGGAAAAUUGCACACGUUUUUAUCUCUAAGUGGGCCGCAUUUAGGGACGCUUUAUAACUCCAGCGGUCUCGUAAAUGCAGGAAUGUGGUUCAUGCAGAAAUGGAAAAAAUCCGGUUCCUUGCUCCAGCUCUCUCUUCGCGAUGCUUCCGAUCCUCGAAGAUCUUUUCUUUAUCGCUUAAGUGAACGAAGCCAGCUCCAUCAGUUCAAGCAUAUCCUGCUUUGUGGCUCAGGCCAAGACAGAUAUGUCCCUUUACAUUCUGCAAGAUUAGAACUUUGCAAAGCUGCCGCAAAGGAUACAUCAUUAUUAGGACAAGCUUAUAGAGAAAUGGUACACAAUAUGGUAUCACCUCUAGCAGCUCGGGCUUCGUCUGUGUCAGUCGUACGUUACGACGUCCAACAUGCUCUCCCCCACACAGCCAGCGCGUUGGUUGGCCGCGCAGCACACAUUGCAGCUUUAGACUCCGACCUGUUCAUUGAAAAGUUUCUGCUAGUCUCAGCACUUAAAUAUUUUCGA